UCAAACUUCAAUCAGAUGCUCAGACUCGCACUCCUCUGCUCAGUGUAGCGCCGCGUGGGCGAGGGCCCUACCUGGAUUACCCUGAGCGUACAUGUUUGUGGGACACACGAAAAGAGGGAAGGAGAGACUGAAAGAGAGAGUUAAGUGACGACAGAAGCUCCACUGGAAGAUGUACUUGUACAAAGCGACGUGUCCAGAGAUCCCCAACCCAAAGCAGAAGGGCGCCAGGGGUCAGGGCGGAGGUCAGGGUGGGAUCCAGGCCCAGGGCCCGGCUCAGGGGAGGCUCGUCAGGCAGGCGUCCGUGGGCGCGGCGACGCGGCCGUACGCUCCUCUGAUGCUGUGGACUCCCAACAAGACCAAGAGUGUGGUGGAGCUCAAACAGCUGGAGGAGUUUCUCAACUUCCACUCGCUGUCGCUGCAGGAUACGGUGAAGAGUCAGACCGGAAUGGUCUACAGGAACCUUGGAAAAUCAGGACUGAGAGUGUCUUGCUUAGGACUGGGUACGUGGGUGACGUUUGGGGGACAGAUAACAGAUGAGGUGGCAGAGCAGCUGAUGACCAUCGCCUAUGAGAGCGGAGUCAACCUGUUCGACACAGCCGAGGUCUACGCAGGCGGCAGGGCUGAAGUCAUUCUGGGAAACAUUAUCAAGAAGAAGUGCUGGAGGCGGUCCAGCUUGGUCAUCACUACUAAACUCUAUUGGGGAGGAAAAGCGGAAACAGAGCGAGGACUGUCGAGGAAACACAUUAUUGAAGGUCUGAAAGGCUCCCUACAGAGGAUGCAGUUGGAGUAUGUCGAUGUAGUUUUUGCCAACCGACCAGACAGCAACACCCCCAUGGAGGAGAUUGUUCGAGCUAUGACCUACGUGAUAAACCAAGGCAUGGCGAUGUACUGGGGGACGUCCCGAUGGACCGCCAUGGAGAUUAUGGAGGCUUAUUCUGUGGCAAGACAGUUUAAUCUGAUCCCUCCAGUGUGUGAGCAAGCUGAGUAUCAUCUCUUCCAGAGGGAGAAAGUUGAGGUGCAACUGCCUGAACUUUACCAUAAGAUAGGAGUUGGGGCCAUGACGUGGUCGCCGCUGGCGUGCGGCAUCAUCACGGGAAAGUAUGAAAAUGGCAUUCCUGAAUCAUCCCGAGCCUCCAUGAAGUCCUAUCAGUGGUUGAAGGAGAAAAUUGUAAGCGAGGACGGAAGGAAGCAACAAGCCAAGCUGAAAGAGCUCAACCACAUUGCAGAGAAGCUGGGAUGCACCCUGCCUCAGCUGGCUGUGGCGUGGUGUCUGAGAAAUGAAGGCGUCAGCUCGGUCCUUCUGGGAACGUCCAACCCUGAGCAGCUAACGGAGAACCUCGGGGCCAUACAGGUCCUCCCCAAGAUGACCUCUCAUGUGGUGUCGGACAUCGACCACAUCCUGGGCAACAGGCCGUACAGUAAGAAGGACUACCGCUCUUAGGCCAGGCUGGCGGUGGACAGCCGUACCGACCGACCGUAACCAUACCGCUACCUUGGACCCUCAGUUCAGUGUUCAUGUCCACGGUUCUCUCCCUGGACCCCACACGGCUCCAGCCCACUUCAGCUUGGAGCAGACGGCCUCGCUAAGCGCAGCGUUUCAAAACUGUCCGUUUGAAACUCGUCUUGCUCAGAUCAGCUCUCCCAGGUUCAUCUCAGGUGCAGUCCAGCUCAGCCAAGAAACAGCUU